AUGGCUGGGAUGGCAUUAAUGCUUAUUUUAUGCCUCUCAGCCGGGGCAAUGAUGACAGGAGUCAGAAGUGAAGAUCCAUACCUAUUCUUCACAUGGAACGUCACCUAUGGUACUCUGUCUCCUUUGGGAGUUCCCCAGCAAGUCAUUCUCAUCAAUGAUCAAUUUCCAGGGCCUGUCAUCAACUCCACCAGCAACAAUAAUCUUGUCAUCAAUGUCUUCAACAACCUUGAUGAGCCAUUUCUUUUAACAUGGAGCGGCGUCCAGCAGAGGAAGAAUUCAUGGCAAGAUGGAGUGCUGGGAACCAAUUGCCCCAUCCCUCCUGGAACCAACUACACUUAUCGUUUCCAAGUCAAGGACCAGAUUGGCAGCUUUCUUUACUACCCAAGCACAGCCUUGCACAGGGCAAGUGGAGGAUUUGGUGGCCUCCAUAUCAACAGCCGUUUGCUCAUCCCUGUUCCUUAUCCUGAUCCUGAGGAUGAUUACACUGUCAUUGUUAAUGAUUGGUAUACCAAGAGCCAUAAAACUCUCAGAAGCUACUUAGAUAAUGGACGCUCUAUUGGCAGACCACAGGGUGUCCUCAUCAAUGGCAAAACGGCUGAGGGCAAUGGCAAAGAUGAGCCUCUUUUUACUAUGAAGCCUGGAAAGACAUACAAGUAUAGGAUUUGCAAUGCUGGGCUUAAGACGUCCAUUAACUUCAGGAUCCAAGGCCAUACGAUGAAGCUUGUUGAGAUGGAGGGAUCCCAUGUGAUGCAAGAAGUAUAUCAGUCUCUUGAUGUGCAUGUGGGUCAGUGCAUGAGCGUGCUUGUGACAGCAAACCAGGGACCUAAAGACUAUUACAUGGUGGCUUCUACUCGAUUUAUAAAGUCUGUCCUCACAGGUAUGGGAAUCAUUAGAUACUCCAAUGGGAAGGGACCAGCAUCGGCUGAGCUUCCAGAGGCACCCGUGGGAUGGGCUUGGUCUGUCAAUCAAUUCCGUUCCUUUCGAUGGAAUCUCACAGCCAGUGCUGCCAGGCCAAACCCUCAGGGCUCCUACCAUUAUGGAUCCAUCAACAUCACCCGUACUAUUAAACUCUUUAACUCAGUAAGCAGGUCUGAUGGCAAGCUUCGUUAUGCCAUUAAUGGUGUUUCUCACACUGAUCCAGAAACUCCACUGAAACUUGCCGAGUAUUACGGGAUUGCAGACAAGGUCUUCAAGUAUGACACAAUUCAGGACAACCCACCAGAAAAAAUCAACAAGAUUGUGACACAGCCUAAUGUUCUGAACAUGACCUUCCGCAACUUUGUGGAGAUCAUCCUUGAGAAUCAUGAGAAGACAAUGCAAUCAUGGCACUUGGAUGGAUAUUCCUUCUUCACAGUAGCCGUGGAGCCUGGAACAUGGACACCUGAGAAGAGGAAGAGCUAUAAUCUUCUUGACGCAGUUAGCAGGACGACAGUGCAAGUGUUUCCAAAAUCUUGGGCAGCCAUCUUCUUGACAUUCGACAACGCUGGAAUGUGGAACAUAAGAUCUGAGUUGUGGGAGAGGAGAUACCUGGGUCAGCAACUUUACGCAAGUGUGCUUUCUCCUGCACGAUCUCUUAGAGAUGAGUACAACAUUCCUGACAAUGCUUUGCUCUGUGGGCUCGUCAAAGACUUGCCGAAGCCCCCACCUUACAGUAUUUGAUAAUUUUUAGGUGGAUCUAUUUGUCAUAGAA